CGCGUCGCGUAUUCGAUUACGAUUAGAAAAAAAAUAAAAGAUAAAAAUUAUUAAAUAAAUUUAAAGAUAUACAGACAAUUACAGAGUUAUUCUGUUUUGUAAUUCCUGUUCGUUUUAAUUAGGUUUGAUUACAGUAGUGUUUUAGUGUAUUUGUUAUGUGAUAAAGUUUUUUUAUCUCGUGUCUAAGUGAUGUGACAUUUUAAAUACAAAGUGAUUUUUAGAUAUUAUACCCGAGAAUUAUGUGGCUGAGCCAAAAUACGAUUGGGUAUAUUAUGAUAAGAGAGCUAAGGCAAUUAUAUCACAAGACAAGUUUCCGGUAGUCAACAGUCAGCCUGCGGAACAAUGGAGGACAGCAGGUUUACGGUAACAGUUGAGUCGGAGAACAAGAAGAAUGGCAUCCAUACAGGUGCGAGUAUUAUCACACGACCUCUGCGGUCUUCCGCUGAGACUGCGGAGCGAGGAGAUGCAAUUGUUGGCUCUCAGCCUGAUACAUGGCUGCACGAUGCCGGCUGGCGUAGAAAGCGGUCACUGGCACAGCUUACCAGGGAGGCGUUACCACGUAUGGAGAACUAUAGGAACUCUAAGCGGGCCCUCAAGAGACCUAGCUUGGGGGAACUGCAUGGAGAUAACCUUAUCACUGAGGAGGACGAACAACGACAACACCAAAGAGAAACUAAAUCACCAACGCCUGUUGUCGGCAUAAAAUUAGGAUGGAUUCAGGGUGUGCUGAUACCAUGUCUCCUCAACAUCUGGGGUGUAAUGCUGUUUCUGCGUAUCUCGUGGGUGGUGUCGCAAGCGGGCAUUGGCUUAUCGUUGCUUAUCAUCGCUCUGUCGGCCAUUGUUUGCGUCAUUACCACCCUCUCUAUGAGCGCCAUAUGCACUAAUGGAGAGGUGAAAGGAGGUGGAAUUUAUUACAUCAUUUCAAGAUCUUUGGGCCCGGAAUUCGGCGCGUCAGUUGGUAUUAUAUUUGCAUUCGCGAAUGCAGUUGCAGCGAGUAUGAACACGAUUGGUUUCUGCGACUCCAUGAAUGAUUUACUAAUGACUCAGGGUGUGAAGAUAAUUGACAACGGGCCCAAUGACGUCAGGAUCGUAGGCACAAUAGCUUUGAUACUUAUGUGUAUAAUUUGCGCUGUCGGAAUGGAUUGGGAGAGCAAAGCACAGAAUUUCUUAAUUGCGAUAAUUGUGGUUGCAAUGGUCGACUUCAUGGUUGGUACAUUUAUGGGUCCAAACGGCGUUGAGGAAUUUUCUAAAGGAUUUGUUGGUUUAAGUGCGUCGGUAUUCGAUUCGAACUUGGGCCCUGACUUUCGCUACAGCGAGAACUUGGAUCAGAACUUCUUUACGGUGUUCGCCAUCUUUUUCCCAUCGGUGACUGGGAUACAGGCAGGAGCUAACAUCUCUGGAGAUCUUAAGGAUCCAGCUUCAGCUAUCCCCAAGGGCACACUAUUAGCUCUGCUGAUCUCCAUGGUGAGCUAUGCGCUAAUGGUUUUGAUCUCUGGUGGUGGCGCACUGCGGGACGCCAGCGGCAAUAUCACUGAUAUUCUGUCAAUCAACGGCACAGUUACCGAUUAUAGUGCCAUUAGCAACUGCGUCAAUUCAACACUCGGCUGCAAAUAUGGCUUGCAUAACAGCUACUCGGUAAUGCAACUGAUGUCAGCGUGGGGUCCGUUAAUCUACGGAGGGUGCUGGGCAGCGACGCUAUCAACGGCGCUCACCAACCUGCUAUCAGUGCCCCGACUGAUCCAGGCGCUCGGUGUGGACCGCAUCUACCCCGGACUUAUCUUCUUCGCCAAACCUUACGGCAAGCACGGCGAGCCUUACCGCGGAUACGUCCUUACAUUCUUCGUCUCUCUUAUCUUCCUUCUUAUUGCUGACCUGAACACGAUAGCACCCCUGAUUUCCAACUUUUACCUGGCUUCGUACGCACUCAUCAACUUCUGCACGUUCCACGCUGCUCUGGUCAGACCUCUCGGUUGGCGACCCACAUUCCGGUACUACAAUGUGUGGGUGUCGUUGUUGGGCUUCCUGAUGUGCGUGGCGAUCAUGCUGCUCAUCAGUUGGGUCAUGUCGCUCGUCACCUUCGCUAUCUUCUUUACCCUGUACCUAAUAGUCCAUUAUCGGAAACCAGAUGUGAACUGGGGCAGCAGCACGCAAGCGCAGAUGUACAAGACGGCGCUGGCGAGCGCGCACAGUCUGGCACGCACGGGCGAGCACGUCAAGAACUACUGGCCCCAACUAUUAGUGCUAGCAGGUCGUCCGCAGCAUCGCCCCGCCCUCGUCGACCUCGCCCACCUCCUUACCAAGGCCGGAUCCCUCAUGAUCGUCGGCGACAUAUCUCCCACGAAAAUGUCAUACAAGGAGCGCGCUCGUGUGGCGCGUGCGGCUGACGAGUGGCUGCGCGGGCGCAAGUUACGCGCGUUCUACUCAGCAGUCAGCGGAUACGGGUUCGAGGAGGGCGCGCGCGCGUUGAUGCAGGCGGCGGGCGUUGGCCGCCUCGCGCCUAACGUGCUGCUCAUGGGUUACAAGGCCGACUGGGCUACCGCACCUGCACAGGACCUUGUAUCCUACUUCAAUGUACUACACACUGCGUUCGAGACUCGCUUGGCUGUAGCGAUGGUGCGGGUGAGUGGCGGGCUGGACUUCAGCGCGGUGGCAGGGGAGGAGGCGCCGGCGUCGCGCGGCCUCACCGCCACGUCGGGCAGCAGCGCCGAGCUGCGCGUGCGCGCUACCGCCCCCCACAUCCUGCACGCAGACUCCGACCUCGACCUGCGCGCACUGCACCCCGACUCGCAACCCUCCAGCCGGCACAAUCUUAAUUUAUUGACACUUACGACAUCUCGUUCCUUUACAAUAUCCGAGAAGAGUGAUAAAGAAAAGGACAAGGAGAGAGAAAAGAAAAAGGACAAGAAACCGAUUGAUUUCCACAAGCAGAUAAUUUACAAAUCAUCUUCCGGCCUCGAGGUUUCGAACGAUCAGUUAUCGCAGAUGAGCAUAUUCCAGAGAAAACAGGAGGCGGGCACGGUGGACGUGUGGUGGCUGUACGAUGACGGUGGACUGACGAUGUUGCUGCCAUACAUACUGUCGCAGCGCUCCAGCUGGGCCAGCUGCAAGCUGCGUGUCUUUGCACUCGCCAACAGACAUCACGAAUUAGAACUGGAGGAGAGGAAUAUGGCGAACUUGCUGGCCAAGUUCCGCAUCGACUAUUCGUCGCUAACAAUGGUGCAGGACAUCACGGAGCCGCCGCAGCCGGAGACGAAGCAACUCUUUGACGAUAUCAUCAAGAGUUUUGUGGGUGACAAUGCUAGAGAAGAUUGCCGCAUCAGUGAGUCCGAGCUGUCGACGUUGGCAGAGAAGACCAGCCGUCAGCUGCGACUGCGCGAGUUGCUGCUGGCCAACUCGCAGGAAGCGCGUCUUGUCGUCAUGUCAUUACCCAUGCCUAGGAAGGGUUCAAUAUCUGCGCCGCUGUACAUGGCGUGGCUGGAGGUGAUGAGCCGCGGUCUGCCGCCCAUGUUGUUUGUGCGCGGCAACCACACCUCCGUCCUCACGUUCUACUCAUAACUUCAUACUGAGAAACAUUACGCGAACACCCUCACUAUAAGUACAUUUUUGUUGUCUUAAAUGUAGGAAAAAUGCAAACGUGUCAUGAUUAAUUUAUU